CACUACCUCAAAAACGACGCAAGCCGCGCCGCUGUCCUCCUGCUGCAGAUCCACUGUUGUUGCACUUCCGCGCUUUUAGUGCUUUAGUUCUCGCGCCAAUAAUUACAACGUGUGCACCGGUUAACUCUAAUGUCUGCCGAUUCUCCUCCACGACUUUCGACCUUGGAUUCGAAGAUAAACCUCUCCGGGGGUGGCAGUACUUCCGGGAGUACUGUUCCGUCACCGUCCUCCUCAUCUUCGGCACCGCGCAGCCGUCCCAAAUGCGCCCGCUGUCAAAACCACUUCAAGAAGGUGCUCCUCAAGGGCCACAAGAGGUACUGCAUGUAUCGCAGCUGCAAGUGUCACAAGUGUAUCUUGACUUUGGAAAAACAAAAAGUGAUGGCAAGGCAAACGGCGAUGAGGAGGGCUCAGGUUUUAGAUGAGGAGAUGUUGAGGAAGGGAAACUUAGACCAGAGUACCAUCCCAAAGUCACCUAGUCCUCCUAUUCCGAAGGCCGAUAUGACUAAUUUUGACUGCGAUUCGUCAGUAUCGUCGCAGUUUUCGAAUAAUCCUUCACCUCACGGUACAACAUCGUACGUUGGCAGACGCAGGCAGUCACCAGUGAUUACAGUACCAGCGACCAGUACCUCAAUACCCACAGGGAUACCGGGUGAUAUACAGUCCUAUGAGUACAAGCCUCACCAAAACGCCGACCUGUUGGAGGACUGUCAAAAAUUACUGGACAAGUUCAACUACCCCUGGGAGAUGAUGCCUCUGAUGUACACUAUCCUGAGGGACGCGAAGGGGGACUUGGAGGAAGCUUCCCGAAGGAUAGACGAGGGUGACAGGGAUGGUAAAAAGACUGUUGAACUUUAUCUUUUGUGCGAAGAAAAUAAGGAUAAGUUCCAGCAUCAUGACCACAUGGUAUGGUUGAUUUGCGUUAUUUUCAAGGAGGCAGAAGGAACUUACCAGGACAUUCAAAAACAAAUCGAAUCAGCCCAAGAAUGUACCGAUCUGUCAGAUGGCUGUCAACGACUUCUGGAUAAGUUCAAUUACUUCAAAGACAUGAGGCCACUAAUCAACGUUAUUUUGAAGUAUUCCCGAGGAGACUGGAAGAAAGCUUCCCAAAGGAUAGAAGAAGGUCAGGUAGCUGGUCAGUCAGCAAGCAAUCUUCUUGGUUUGUGCGCAAAGAUUAAGGACAGGUUCCAACACCAUUUCCGGAUGGUACUUUUGGUGUAUGUUAUCUACAAAUACGCCAAAGAGGAUCAUGAAGAAGCACUAAAACAGAUCUGCACAGCACAUUUGGAAGUGGGGAAAGCCAUCAGGGAUAUUAGGUACUCGUACGAAUUGUCCUGCGCCAGGCUAUGCCCUCGGUUGUACACAUCUGCUGCUCCCAUCUACUCGCCUCUGCAUAUGUCAUCAUUUCCGAUGUACCAGCCCUACGUGCAGACCCCCGUCCUACUGGUGCCGCCCCUACCGUGCUCCACGUCUUCCCCUUCGCCCUCCAGCAACCCUCCUCAACAGCUAACGUACUACACACCAGAUGCUGAGGUUGUCCAAACUGUACCUAUACUAAACCAACCGAAUUACUACGUUAAAGAAAACAAAAUUGUGUUGUGAUCAAAUAAAUUUUAAGAAUAUUAAGUAUAUCUAUAUGUGUUAAUGAUGUAGCUCAUACAAAUCAAUCAACAUCCGUCUUGAGUGAUACUAUCUUCGUCCAAGGUCUCCAAACUAUGUUCCAUCACAUCCAAUGUUAUUGCUGUGACCGCCACGUUGCCAGACUUGUGAUUUUCUCUCGAUAGGUUUCUUGGAAACGAUGGAACAUACGUUUGAAAAUAUUGUUAAGUAAAAUUUAACGAAAAAUAUUGAAAUCCACCCGAAUUCUUGCGUCUCAAAGGAUCAAAUUAGUAGUAAAGAGAUGUUCUGUUCUUCUAUUUAAUAGAAAUAUACAUAUAUAUUUUCGUCUUGUAUAAAAUAACAUAUUUGUAGUUAAGAUUACACUAAGUUAGGUACCUAAUGUAGUAAAAGUAGUGUAUUAAAUGUUAAAAAUAGGUGUGAUGGCAAUUAGGUGAUUGAUAAAUGUUAUUUAAUUUAAAUUCGAUAUUUAGAACAAUGAUUCUUACUUAAUUUUUCGAAAAUAGUGAAGUGUUAUGGAUUCAUUUGAUUCCAAAUUACUUGUAUAAUAUAUUAUAUAGUAUAUUUUAUUUACUGUGUGAGCCAAUAUCGUCAAAAUGAGGGUUGCUUUUGUUAUACUUAUUAGAAUAACAUUUUAUUACGGGGAAGUGUUUUAUUUUACUUAAAGUCCAUAGCUCUGUCAAUCAUAAGUUUCUGACAUUGACAAUUUUUUUAAGUUCUUGGUAAAGCAUCAAAUAUUUUAUGAACCUUGUAUAAGAAUCAUUAUUUUAAAUAGAAUUAAUUACUAAGUAUAAUAUACAAUGUUUGUCUAUUUUUUUAAUUAGAGUUUAAAAUAGAUCCAUCACUCUGUGUUUUAUUCGAUUUGACACAGGCACAUUAUAACAUUAACCAAUGUGUUUAAAUUUUUCUUCAUAUGUGUCCUACCAAUGUAAUUUUAGAAAAUAUUUAAAUAAAAUAAAUAAAAUAUACAAAUUAAUGUUAGAAGACAUGUGAUUGAAGGUGUUAGAAAAAUGCUAGAUACUUUUAAGUACUUAUACUGGGUGCUACAAAUUCGGGGUACGAGCAAUGGUAUCUCGGAAACCGUAAUAGAUAAGAACUUGGUUAAACUUGGUUAAAAUUGCGCCUUGGGAUGUUUGCCAACAUGCCGUCAAAAAAGUUCGAUGUUCAUUUCCAUUCCCAAGCCAACUGGACGUCGUUUUUUUUGGAUCAUACGGUAGUUUCUGAGAUACAUAGGCCAACUUAUUUUUUUUUUUAAA